GCAGCGCCAUUAUAAUAGUUCCAAAGGGAUUUCUAUUUGUUUCAAGUUGUGCGAGAGAUUGUUGGCUACAAUUGGCCUCUGAUUUCUACUUUUGAUUUAACUCUGAUUUGUAAGGAUAACAAUCAACAAAAGAUGACGUUAUGAGGCCCCAUAAGGAUUUACUUUUGGCAGGAGGGGUGUUGAUGUUGGUAAUCUUCACAAGAGGAGUGCCUGCACAAGACUGCUACAAACUCAAUUCUCUCGAUCCGGUAUGGUGGUCGCCUGGAGAGUAUGAUGACGCUACUCUCGACACAACCAUAUGCAAAGCAAGGUGCGGGCAAAGAGCGUCCGCCUACUCCGCCACACAGAAUGGAAAGUACUGCUUCUGUACCAACACGGCGCCGGUGCCGGCAAACAAAGUGGCACCACCAAAUACGUACUGUAACAUCAAGUGCACUGGUGGGACUGAAAUGUGCGGAGGGAGAACCCAUGUGACAGUUAAUGGUGCUACAGCUGCCAUGUCGGAUCCAUGGAUGAAGGCAAAGCCAGCCGACACCAUCAUUGAGACCGGACAGAAAGUAACAUUACAGUUCGGCGUCACUGGUAUCAACGAGCAGUUCAAUUUUGACUUUGACGACGGCGCCGGCUCCACCAAGUCGUGCUAUCCCACCGGCUUUAAGAACACCGACAGCGACAAGAACGUGCAGCCGGUCUUUCGUAAACCUGGAGUCUACGAUGUGCGCUUUGAGGUGCAGAGUCCAGCAGUGCCGUCUCUGGCUGCAGCCGUUGGCAUCGUCGUCCAAUCUAAGGUGACCGCCUUCCGCAUGCAGUGUCCAGAGCAAGUGGCCGUAUCAUUGGAUGAAAAGAAACGAGAGGAGGAGUACGCCUGUACCGUGGAGACAUUCACCGGCUCCGCCAUUACCGGCACAUUCGAAUUCGGGACGAGCAAGAUAUUAGAUAAUGUAGCGAUCGCUGACCCUCCUGUCAACACUGCCGGCCCGGGCAUACCGCAAUUUGGCACAUGCACUGGUGGGACUGCUGACAGGACGUACGUUAUGCCCGGAUCCGAAUUCACUGAGGAUGGCACGAUCAUCGGCUGGGAAUUCAACAUGGAAAAAACAGGGGACCUGUCACUCUUGGUCCUUGAACCCUCAUGUGGGAGUGGCUCGUUUUGCUACGACAGUUACACGUGCCAGGCAACCUGUGAGGUGAGGUGUUCAACAGCAACACAGUCAUUCUGUACAUCGAAUAGUCAGUGUACGGCGAAGACGAUCACAACAUGUCCGAUAGAUCCAAGGUCGCAGAAACCAACAUUCGACUGGAUGAUCAAACAUGUGGUGCCGGUUACGACUGUAACGGUCGGGUAUAACUACAUCGAUUUGACAACAGUCACGGCAGCAAGCUUGAAUGUUACUCGAGGAAUGGCAGUUGGCGCAGUAACGAAGGGGAUCAUCGGAACCAAAACACCCUGGACAGGACCUUCUGAUUAUUCCGAGAACUACAUCGCUCCUCGUCAAGGAGAUACCAUCAAAUCAGCCUCUCUCGACGACGGAGCGACCACAAAGAACAAAAAACUUCUGGUUCGAGCUUUAGUCAGUAAGGCCAGCGUGACAAAGGUCUAUCACAACUGCCUGAACUCGGGAGACUAUGAGAUGACGGCAACUCUCACCACGACGGGAGCCGUUGGCAGUGUCACCCAAAAGCGGAAGAUAUCGUGCCAGUAUGGCAUCGAUUAUUGUAUCCUAGAUGCACCUAAUGUAGCUGAAGCAGGGAAAGCCGUGACCUUGGAGAUACUGGAACACAAAGGAACAAACAUCUCUUAUAUGUGGAAUUACGAUGAUAGUUCGGCUGUGAAGAAGGAAGUUUCUCUAUACACCGUGCACACGUUCGCUGUGAGGAGGACAUACAACGUCUGUGUUGAGUGCAAGAAUGCCGUCUCUUCGAAGUCGAACUGUACAUCCUUAGAUAUCAAGGACAAGAUUGGGACAGUCACUGUGACAACCACGGCAGCAACUGCCGGUGUGGAUGCCACUAUAAAAAUAGCCAUCAGUAAAGGAACUGGCUACAAAUGUAGUGUCGACUUCGGUGAUGGCACUAUCGCGGUCUAUAAUGAUACCCAGCUCCCCAUCACAACUGGUCAGGUCGUUCACACAUACACCACACCAAAUAAGUACACUAUCAAAGUCAGCUGUAGGAAUGGAAUAACGCCUGAUCCUGAAGUUCAGACAGCCACACAAGAUAUAGAGGAAAAGCUAACUUAUGUUAAAAUAAACCCACCGGGUGCAAAGAAAAAUGAACCUGUGCAGGUUAUGAUUCAGACAAAUGUCAAGAAUGGUCACGGUUUGACCUAUACAUGCACGUCUACUCCGCCGUUUAAGGCAAACACGGCGAUAGACACGAGUCAUUGCACCAACAAGCCUUCAUGUGCAUCUACCCCGAUUUCGGACGUGCUUGAUCAAAAGUACAGUGUCAGCUGCACCGCCACCAAUAAACUGGGCAGUGUCGACACAACCAUUGAUUUCACGAUUGAUGCGCCGCUAGAUAGUCCUUUCGUCAACAUUUCUAAAAGGUGCAACCCGGUCAAGUUUCCACCCGACAUCACUAAUUAUUACAUCAUGGCACCAAGCUGUAUCGAAUUCACUGCCACCAUCAAAGGUGGUUCUAACGCAUUUGUUAAAAUAGAUUACGGCGACGGCACUACUGCUUCGCCCAAUGUGCAAUUGACGAGUACAAACCCUGAAGUCAUAUCUCACCAGUACACAAUGGUCGGAACCUUCGAAGCUAAGGCCAUUAUCGGAAACGGAAAUGGGGAGUUCAACUGGAAAUUUGUCAUAAAAGCUUACAAGAAGAUGGAUUUCCAAUGUAACAUUGUGGAUCCACAGAAAGCAGGAAAGGUUGAGAUCAAGUUCAAAACACCUGACGGGAUGGUACCCCCUGAUGUCGAGUACUCCAUAGACUUUGGGGACGGGACGACCAAGGCAUAUUCUCCAUUUAACAUGGCCACACCGGUUGCUCACAUUUACAACGACCCAAACUCCUACAACGUUACGACCACUUUCAAAAACUCUGUCGAGACUUACCACUUGGCGUGCACAUUUCAAAUCAUUGAAGCCAUCAUGGACCCAAGGCCGUUCUGGACACCAGAACAUGCAGUAUGCAACUCGCCUGGAACAGAACUGUCGCUAUUGAUGCAAGUCGGCAAAGGAUCGGGUAUGAAAGUCACUUACAACUGGAAUUACCCCACAUCGUCGUCAAGUUCAGUCACUGUUAACUUUCCCAAGUCACUCACGCCCACCCUUGUGAGUACACGGAGGUUCGACCGCCUCGGCAGUUAUACCUGCACGGUGAAAAUCUUCAAUGAUUUGAGCAUGUUCACCUUCACACACAAGGUAUAUUGCCAAAAUGGAGUGUUCAAGGACGAUUUUGAGUUUACGAGUGACGCACCACGUCCAACCACAGACCCAAAAGUUACCUUCACUCUGAAAUGGAUUGGAACAACAGAACCAACAGAUGCUAGCGGGGAACUCCAGUAUGGGAAACCCCUAGAUGGACAGGCAGCUAUCACUCCUGUUUACGCUGGCACUAAAAUAUUGAAGAACACGAAGACGUAUCAGAGCAUUGGAUGCAGGACGGCCAAGAUGGUCAUCAAGAACUAUGCAUCUUCUAUAACAUGGGAAGCAGACGCAAGCAUUCAAGAUAGUCUGCAAGACUUUUACAUCAUACCAAAAUACCGUCCGGCGGUACCCCUAAACGGUGUUGAUAAACCAGGUUUGGGCACUGACAAGAACCAUUUUCCAAGCAACCGUGAUAUCAAGCUUUAUACAAAAUUUUACGGCGGGAAGCUGGAGUCUGUUGAUAAGUAUGAGUUGAUUGCUGAGAGUACAAGUUAUGUGUGGUUGUGUAACAGCACGGAUAUCAAGCCAGGAGACCCACUUACAUACAAGAUACCGGCGCCUGGUACAUAUAAUAUCUGCAUCACAGCCUCCAACAAAAAGGGCAGUGUUUCCAACUGCACCACCGUCAUCGUGGGAGAUACACCUCAUGGCAUCACCAUAGAUGACAGCAGAAUAACCACUAAACCGAAUGAGCUAAAGACCUUUAAGAUCGCGUUUGCAAAGGUUGGAACAAACUCUUGCGUUGCCGUCAAUUUCGACUUUAAAAGCACAACCCUGAAAAAGUGGCAUUUGUAUGGAAAAAAAUCAGACUGCACAAAGCAGGAGGUUGAGAAGAACCUGAAUCUUCCGGCGGAUGCGGAACGGAAUUACAUAGAUCGCGCAUUGGAUACAUCUGGUUGGACUCUUUCUCAUACAUACACUUCAGGAGGACAUUUUGAAAUCAAGGUGAUCGGAGGUAACUACAUAGCUGCAAGUUCAGCGUCCCUUGAGUUCAGCGUUUCCAAAGAUCAGAAAUGCCAGCGUCCAGAGAUCAAGAUUGAUGACGCGCGUCCAUUUGAGAAUGGUACGCGAUGCGAUAGAGGAUCCGAUUGUAAAAUCAGAGGUAUAGUCGACUCCCUCAAUUGUGACCCUCAAGACAACAUAAAAGAUUGGACCAUGGAACAAAUGAAUGAUAAUGAGACGGUCAAUAAGAUCAUAGAUAUCAAAUCAUGCGCCGGCCAUAAUGGACUGUAUCUCACCAUCCCUAGACACUUUCCCGGUGCAGGUCUCGGGGUCUAUCGCCUGACUCUGACCGUCCAGAUGACUGGCUCCAGUGACAUCAAAGACCAAAAGUUUAUCAGUACGGCCGUGACCUUUAUCUGGAUAGUGCGAGGUCCAAUAUACGCGAGUAUGAUCUACGGAGGCUUGACAUUUAUGACCCUAGGGAAGAAAGACCAGCAAACGUUUGAUGCUGCUAAAUAUUCGGUUGAUAGUGAUGUGGACCCUUCAGCGCCCAAGAAAAAGGAAUUCCGUUACAAGUGGUUCGCCAAACAGACGCAGGAGCCUGAUAACCCGGACACCACAACACUCAUGUCCCCUACACCCAGUGACGACAAUCACGGCGGCUGUUUCGGCAAUGGUGUAGGACGGCUGGAUAUCCCGGAAACCUCAGGCACGUUCACGCCCGACUUCUCUCGCAUGCCCAUCAACGGUUCCUGCAACAUCACUGUGAUUGUGCAGGUAUAUGACCAUAACGGGACGGAUGAUCGAUCCGGACUGGCAUCUGUGGUUGUCAAGAUCGUCGAGGGAAAACCACCUAUUGUCAGCAUAAUAUGUAGCGACGAAAGAUUCUGUGUGAAAACACAGUUCGGCCAGAGACUGAUUCGGCCAUCGGGUCUGUGCAAGCUGAGCGUGAAGUGUUUGAGGAACUGUCCCGACAACAAGGCUUACAGGGAGAACGAGGCUAUCUACCGGUGGAAGAUACGCUACAGUUACAAGAACACAAAAACUGCAUUUGGCCAAGUGGAUUCAUUGAUUUACGUACCAGACGUCUCCAAGACAACUCCGGACAGCCAACGGCCCUAUAUUGGCGAGGAAUCAGAGGAACUGACCUUACUGCCUCCACUCUUUGAAAAGGAGUCCGACUUAUAUCAAGCCGAACUGACCUUGUCCUAUCUCGGUCUAAGAGGCAUUGCCGAAAUGAAUUUCACGGUGAACCGCCCACCUACGAAAGGCAGCUGCAGCGUCUCGCCGAAAACAGGAACGUACAUUUCCACCAAGUUUGUGGUGAGCGGCGCGGGAUGGUCUGAUGAGCGAAAAGUGAGGUUUUAUGAAAUAUACGUCAAUUUUCCGCAAACCGGCACGGCCACAGAUAACGAAUUCGUGAAGAAAUUCAUCGCUGUAGGCGAAGGUGAUAAGUUCAAUCUGACCAGUACUCUCCGCCAGGGAACAUUGGGCGUGAAAGUCCGAGUGUACGAUGACGAGGGAGCUUACACGGAAUGCGCAGCAGGAGAGGUCACGGUUUCUCCCAACAUCAUGUCGACUAAAGAACUCGCCUCCAGUAUAGAUAGCGCCUUCCAGAAGGGAAACCCAGGUGAGGUAGCUGAAACCUGCGUAGAAGGACUAAGUGCAGGAAACGAUAAACAAAAGAAAUUGGCGAAUCUGGUGGACCUCUCUAAGGGGAAUCAAUUGUUGACACCAGCGCAGGAGAACCUGCGGGCAGAGGGGACCAAGUUCAUAGGAAACGUGCUGAAAAAACUGGCGGUAACACCUGUAAUCCUCGGUCCCAAGGAAAACAUCGAAAUAUUGACCUCUGUGGUCAGACUGCCUUCCCUUAACGACCGGACGUUGACGCCAAUGAUUCAACAACUAUUAGCCAAUACCCUUGAUGAGAUUAUGAACGACCCAGUCGCCAGUGUUGAAGACAAGAUCGACAUAGUGGCCAGAUUACUAGCUUGCGGGAAGGACUUGGAACUGGGGCAGAAGACCACCAGACAAAAACCUGGAAACGAGGCAAGACAAGAAGCGAAGAAGAAAGCUAGACCUAAUAUGGCAUUACCGAAGAGUGGAAAACCAUUUGAUGGAAGCCCUCAGAUCGAAGAGGAUGAGGCCAUUACAUCAACAAACCACGAGUUGUCAGAUGAACAGAGCAAUGCAAUUCAUGCCAAGUCGAGAAAUAUAUCUAAGCAGUGUCUUGGCUUGUUGGCAAAUCUAGUGCCAACCGGUGGCAGCCCCAUUGAAGUCAAGUCUGGUGAGAUCGUUGUCUCGAUACAGAAGGAUGAGGUGCAGACAGGGAGGCCAGUUAUAGUGAAACAGGGUGCAGCCGAGGCGGACAUGGAACCACUCUGCCAGCAGACUAACCUACCCAUCUGUAAUGACGCCCGUGCACGCAUAUCUUCAGUAGUAUUGGUUUCACAAAGGCUCACAAGUUAUUCCACGUCGGACAGAAACCUUCCGAGUAUCGAAUCACCGGAAAUAGAAAUUAACUAUCUGGAUGAAAACGGAGACGAAAUCAGAGUUAACUCUUCUGGCUUCGAAGUCAAAUUUACCUUGAAACUGAAGCCGAGCGAAUUUGAGCAGACGCCGGGAAAAGUACCGCAUAUGGAACAUUCAGAUCCAUACCUUAGUAUCUCGAUCAGAGCCAACUAUUCCAGUGUUUCUUACCCACCUUACUGUAAUUACGAGUCCAGUGAACUUUACGUCCGCCCAGUAGCAGAACCAUUCGACCCAAACAAGGCCUACAUGAUCUUCAUCGCCUUUGACAAACGAGUGAAUCUCACGUCCAGCUACUACAAUGCUACAGUUGUGGUGCCGAAAUGGGAAAAAGGAAAAGUGGCGAUUGCAGGUCCAGACUCAGUAAGCGACCCGUAUACCAUCACCUUAGACAAGAAAGCCAAGAGUUCACAGUUGAAAGCCAAAGACCCCUGCACAGUUUAUGUCGGUUUACGUGAGCUAAACGCCUCGGAGUUUGAAACUUACAACAGGACAGGCGUGAAACCAGAUGUGAACAACGAAACCCUGGCCAGUUGGAAGUCAAAGAAGGGGAAUGUCACAGCUAAUCUUACCAUUAGCACUUACAUUCAAAGCUGUUGUUACUUUGAUGUGGCGAAGCGAGAGUGGAGCCACGAGGGAUGUUGGGUUAACCCCAAGAAGUCUUCGCGGACUAAAGUCGUGUGCUCAUGUAACCAUCUAACAUCGUUCGCUGGCGGAUGGGCGGUGGUGCCCAAUAAGCUCGACUUCAACUUCAUCUUUGCCAAUUUAGAUUUUGCCAAGAAUCCAACUGUUUAUUCCACGUUGAUAGUGAUAAUCAUCCUGUAUAGUAUCGGCGCAAUCAUAUGUAGAAGGGCUGACAUGAAGGAUGUGCAGAGGGCUUGCGUGAAUCCAAUGGUUGACAACGACCCUGAUGAUAAGUAUAUGUACGAGGUGGUUGUUGCAACUGGGAUGUCCAAGGGAGCCGGAACACAAUCCAAGGUGUAUUUUGUUUUAUCGGGUGAGAACGAUGAGACGGAUGUGAGGGUGUUACAUGACCGCGACCGAGGUAACAAGCAUUGUCUAAACAGAGGAAACAUUGACAGCUUCCUCUUGACGACGCCAAGGCCGCUUGGUGACCUAAACUAUGCCCGCAUCUGGCACGACAACUCAGGCAAAGGCAAAUACGCUUCUUGGUAUCUGAAAUACUUCCUCGUCAAUGAUCUGCAGUCAAAGAAGAAAUAUCAGUUCAUCCUGAACCGAUGGCUGGCGGUGGAGGAGGACGAUGGACAGAUUGACCGGUUGAUCCCUGUUGCUGGCAUGGAGCAGAUGGUCGAGUUUGGUCAUCUCUUCUCGCAGACCACGCGGAAGAAUUUCAAUGACGAGCACUUGUGGAUCUCGCUGGUUGGCCGGCCUCCGCGGAGUCGGUUCACCCGUCUUCAGAGGUGCUCCUGUUGUUUCCAGCUCCUCGCACUAACUAUGAUGACCAAUGCUAUGUUCUAUGGUCUCAGCGACACGGAGAAACCCAACACAAAUGCACUGGAGAUAGGACCUUUCACCUUGAGUCCUCAGCAGCUGAGCGUGGGUAUCAUGUCCAACUUGGUCAUCUUCCCCGCUACUUUCCUGACUGUGUGGAUGUUCAGGAAGACGCGGCCCAAGAAGAAGCGCCGCUCGCGGAUUCAGGAGGCCAAGGAAAGGAAGAUCAAAGAGGAGAACGAGAACAAUGGGACAGCAUCGGUCAGUGAUGUCCAGGCGGAGGUCAACAAGAAUGAAGACAUGGAGAUGUGCGAGGUCCAACCAGCCAGGCCUCCGCCAUAUUUUGAAAAUGACAUCCACGGUCUAAAUGAUCUGCAGAACCAAAUCCACGUAAUCAACAAUGGCCGUCCUGAGUCUCCACCCGACAGUGGAGACAAGAAGAUUGGGAUACCGAUGGACAACCCAUUGAUCAAGAAGAGAAAGAAGAAGUUCUCCCUGCCGCCUUAUUGCCGCAUCAUCUCCUGGAUCCUCCUGUGGGUGUGUGUCGCUAUUGGCUUGACCUUCUCGUUCUUCUAUGGAGUCAGUUUUGGCGAGGUCAAGUGCAAGAAGUGGAUCACGUCCAUGAUGAUCGCAUUCCUAAUGUCAGUGUUCAUCACCCAGCCAAUAAAGGUAUUCCUUGUGGCGCUGUUCUUCUCCCUGGUCCUCAAGAAAGCAGACGAUGAUGGCGACGAAGACGAGGAGGACGAGGAGGAACCGGAGCUGCAGUAUGAUGAGCAGUGGCUAAACCAGCCGAACGGCCAAGGCACGUUCGGUGUGACGAAACCGCGAAUGAUUGCCUACAAGCCACCAGACCCAGUACAGCUCGAGAAAUACCGUGAAAACCGCCUCAAGGAGUUGAAGAUGUACUCGAUCAUCAAAGAGGUUCUCAGUUACUGUCUCUAUGUGUGGGUGUUACUCUCUGUGAGCUACAGCUUCCGAGACCCGGACUCCUACACUCUCCAGGAUGAGAUGGUCAACGUUUUCAUCCACAGCAACAAAGGCGACCCUGGCGCAGACUACAGAAAGAUAAACACCUUCAAAGGCUACUGGGACUGGACAAAGCAAGUCCUACUACCGGCACUUAUUGUAGACCCUUGGUACGACAACAAAAGCGAUUAUUACGCCCAAGCUUAUGGACAACGAGGCUUCAUCUCGGACAGGUCUCAGAGACUCAUGGGUUAUGCUGUUAUACGGCAGCUCAGAGCUAAGCCAUUCUCGUGUAAUGUUGAAAAGGUGAUGCAGGUAGCCAUUAACGAGUGUGUGGAAGGAUACGGUAUGUUCAGCCAAGAAGAGGGGACCUUUGGAGUAGGAUGGACACCUUAUAACAAGACACUGAACAACACAAGAGAAGAGUACACCUAUACAUCAGCAUUUGCGUUGGAUGGCCUUCCAUAUGCUGGUAACCUUGCCGUUUACUCUGGCGGGGGUUAUGUCCACAGGUUGCAGGGUGGUGAUAAAGAAUUGAUGGACAGCGUUGAUCGCCUGAUGGAUGAACUAUGGCUAGAUACGUACACUCGAGCUAUCUUUGUGGAGUUCACGGUGUACAACCCAAACAUCAACCUGUUCUCUGUGUCGACCAUUCUUACAGAGGUCCCGGGUAGCACUGCUAUGGUGAAUACGUUCCGCUUUGAAUCCAUCAAUCUUCUCGGCGACUACCACGGUGAUGGGAAAUGGUACGAGAUUACAUGCCAGGUCCUCUUCUGCGCCUUUCUCCUGUUUUUUAUUUAUAGAGAAACGAAAACCCUGAUUAAAGAAAAGGCGGGCUACUUCAAGCAAGUGUGGAACCUUUGUGAAACGGCCAUCAUCGGGUUGUCCAUUGGAGCUAUAGCCAUCUACUUCUACCGAUACUUUAUCACGAAAGGCCUUGUGGCAGCCUUCAAGAAGUCUCACGGUUUGACCUAUAUAAAGUUCCAGUACGUGGCAUAUUGGAACGAGCUGCUUCUCUACUUGGUUGGCUGGCUCGUGUUCCUAGCAAACCUCAAGUUCCUGCGGUUGCUCCGCUUCAACAAGCGGAUGGGGGUACUGGGCUCAGUUCUCCGCCAUUCUCGGAAGGAUAUGUUCGCCUUCGGGAUCAUGUUCUCAAUCAUUUUCUUCGCCUAUGUCCAGUUCUUUUACCUGAUCUUCUUACGAGAGCUUGUCGGCUACAAAUCCUUUAUCGCAUCUGCUGAGACAAGCUUGAAUAUCAUGUUGGGCAAGUUCGACUUCAAGGCCAUGUUGGAUGCAAGCCCCAUCUUGGCUCCCUUCUUUUUCUUUCUGUUCGUGGUGACCAUCAUCAUGGUCCUGAUCAACAUGUUCCUGUCUAUCCUGAACGAAUCGUUUACCAUCGUCAAGAACGAUGUGAGUAAGCAGUCCAAUGACUUCGAGAUGGUCGACUUCAUCAUGCGGCGCUUCAAAUCCUGGACGGGGAUAGGCCAUAACCAGCCGCAGCUACCGCCAGGGGCCGGGGACGAUACGCUCAACAACCAGCGAGAAGGAAUGAACGGCAUGCCAGUGCCCUUCGAGAUGCAGAUCGAUAAUUUCCCGGACAAGAUAGACAAGCUGCUGAAUUCCAUCAGUAAGGUGUACUUCGACCAUGACAAGAUCGAUGCGUUGUUGGAUCCGAACAAGAUGGGUAAGGAUGGGAAAGCGACCAUGAAGAUGAUGAUGAAACAACAGCAGAUGAUGGACGCGCAAAAGGACAACCAAGCAAGGGCUGCAGCGUUGAAUAUCCACAUGCCCAUGCCGGACGUGGAGAGCAUUGAGAGGAGGUUCAGUCUAGCAAAGGCUAAAUGAAGGCUCGUACAUGACUGUAACCAAUGUGCAUAGACAUGUUUGGUAUUCAUUAGGUUAGAUAGGCAGCAGUUUCUGUUAUAAAGAACAUGAAUAAAGGUGAUAGACUGAUACAUUCUAUUGAAAGUCCCAAAUAUCUUUGACAACUGUAAUUUCAGGUGGAUUUUUGUUCUCAUCACCAAUGUUGUCUUACAGAAACUCUGCACUUUGUGUUAGGAUAACAUGAAUGUUUUCCAAUUUCUAUCAUCACGCAUUGAAGGCAAGCAAAGGAUGCAAGGUUGGUCACGUCUUACCGAAUAAAAAUUAGCUAUCAAGUGUUACCAUACUAGUGCUUUUCCUAUUGAUAAGGUAUUCACAAGAUUCCCUUAAAGAUGCUAUACUAUAAAACGUUGUUAUAAUGAUUGGACACCCACCAAAUACUAAGAUCUUCAACGAAUUUGGGAAUCGCAACUUAAAGAAGACUAUUUUCUCUUGUUACGUUUGGACAUCGCUACAAGUUCUAGUAUCAUCGCCCAUCAUACUGUCAGUUCUUAGUCAGUUCAUAGAGAUAGCAAUUCAUGUGAUUAAGUAUUGUAAAGCUUGUUGUUGCCGCAAAAAUAUCAGAUGUAAGCGACGAGAAGAAGUAGCAAACGGGCCAAAGUGUGAUAAUGUAUUCAUCAAAAGAUCAAAUAGUUCUUUCGCGAAAGAGAUGCUGUUUAUUUUGUUACGAUGGACAGUUAAGCUAUCGAAACGAAAUGUACCGUCUAUACUAUGCAUUUGGAUAACCAAAAUGUGAAUUCCAUAAAGUUCUAAACUUCUGUUGACAGGGUCAAUUCAAAAGGUCCGUAAGAUGUGGAUUCUCACUCUCAACUUAGAACAUGGCUGAUGUUGCCAAUUGAACUAAUUGUUAAUUUUAAUGAGUUGUUGCUAUUUUUGUCAAAGAAAUAAUUUUUCGUGAUAUUUUCGCAGAUGGAAUCUGUUUUUACAUGUAUAUCCCGUCCUACGUACAGUUGCCAGGGUUACUGCUGAACAAAUGAGCAUAUAGUUUCUUUUAAGUUAAUCGUUACUGCUGAAGUUUAUUAUGGACCCGUACUUGUCACACAUAAUCUAUUUUAUAAAAUCAUCGAAUGAAGCGCUUUUGGGUAAUAUCCUAUUGAUGUAAUGACUACAAUAACUAUAGCAGUACUGAUGGGAUUUUUCUAGAUGCAAGCAUUAACAUUACAUCUGGAAACCAGGAUGGCGUCCCUUAUCUACAUUGUCACAUAUUGGGCGGGGGGGGGGGGGGCUGCCCAGUAAUGUUAGUGAUAUGAUCAAAUGAAGAAGAUGACACGGGGUUUAUUCCUUCCCGCUCUCCGCCCAACCGGCCCAGCAGUACCAGCAGACGACGUUUGUGAUAUUAUUUCACAUUAAAGUGCACAUGUAGACCUGUAUCUGUGAUAUUGUGAACGUAUUGUUGAAAUAUAUGAGAUGAUGCGAGUAAAGUA